UGAGGAAGAUAAUGACAAACAUCAGUUUGAAGUUGGAGGUCACAGCUGUAGACACUGUGGAAGGAUGUAUACUUAUCCAGAUUAUUUAGAGAAACAUUUAAAACGAUGUCCAAUGCUUGUUUGUACGAAUCCCUGGGAAUGUCCACGUUGUGGUCGAAAGUACAGUAGUGAAGACUAUCUAAAUGUUCACAUGAAAAAUGAAUGCGGAAAAAAUCCACGAUUAAAACGACAUGUGAGGGUUCAAACUGGAGAGAAACCUUAUCAAUGCAAACAUUGUGGUAAAACAUUUAGACAGCUUUCUAAAUUGAAUGAACAUGUUAGGAUACAUACUGGAGACAAACCUUACCAAUGUGAAAACUGUGGUAAAAGAUUUACACAGCUUGGUAACUUAAAACGUCAUGCUAUGAUACACACAGGAGAGAAACCUUAUAAAUGUGAACAUUGUGGUAAAACAUUUACUAUGCUUGGUAACUUAAAAAAACACGUAAAGAUACAUACGGGAGAGAAACCUUACAAAUGUGAACAUUGUGGUAAAACAUUUUCACAGAAUUGUGAUUUGAAUAAACACCUUAGGAUACAUACAGGAGAGAAACCUUAUCAAUGUGAACAUUGUGGUAAAGCAUUUUCACAGAGUUGUGAUUUGAAUAAACACCUUAGGAUACAUACAGGAGAGAAACCUUAUCAAUGCAAACAUUGUGGUAAAACAUUUAGACAGCUUUCUAAAUUGAAUGAACAUGUUAGGAUACAUACUGGAGACAAACCUUACCAAUGUGAAAAUUGUGGUAAAAGAUUUACAGUGCUUGGUAACCUAAAACGCCAUGGUAUGAUACAUACAGGAGAGAAACCUUAUCAAUGUGAACAUUGUAGUAAAAUAUUUACACACCUUGACGCAUUAAAAUCUCAUGUUAUGAUACAUACAGGAGAGAAACCUUACCAAUGUGAAAAUUGUGGUAAAACAUUUACACUGCUUGGUAACUUAAAACGUCAUGGUAUGAUACAUACAGGAGAGAAACCUCAUCAAUGUCAACAUUGUGGUAAAACAUUUUCACAGAAUUGUGAUUUGAAUAGACACCUUAGGAUACAUACAGGAGAGAAACCUUAUCAAUCUCAACAUUGUGGUAAAACAUUUACAGAGCAUGGUAGCUUUAAACGUCACUUUAGGAUACAUACAGGAGAGAAACCUUAUCAAUGUAAAUAUUGUGAUAAAAGAUUUUCAGAGCUUUGUAACUUAAAAAAACACGUAAGGAUACAUACGGGAGAGAAACCUUAUCAAUGUAAACAUUGUGGUAAAACAUUUAAAGGGCAUAGUGAGUUAAAUCAACACCUUAGGAUACAUACUGGAGAGAAACCUUAUCAAUGUGAACAUUGUGGUAAAAUAUUUAAUAAGAAGAUACAUCAAUGGAAGGGAACAUCAAAUGCUAUGAAGACACUUCCAAAAGAUCUUUAUAUAAAUACCGCUACAAUCCCCAAGGCAGGCAGGGGUGUUUUUACAAAGAAGAAAGUUGAAAUUAACACUCGUUUUGGACCAUACAGAGGAGAGGUACUUUCGCUUAAAGACGCAGAGGAUGGAAGAGAUCCUGCGUACAUGUGGGAGAUUGUACAAGGAGGAAAGGUGGUAUAUUGUAUUGAUGGUAAGGAUCUUGCUCAAGAUGAGUAUGCUGAACAGUUGGGAAUAUCGUUGUUUGAUGAGGAAGAUAAUGACAAGCAUCAGUUUGAAGUUGGAGGUCACAGCUGUAGACACUGUGGAAGGAUGUAUACUUAUCCCGAUUAUUUAGAGAAACAUUUAAAACGAUGUCCAAUGCUUGUUUGUACGAAUCCCUGGGAAUGUCCACGUUGUGGUCGAAAGUACAGUAGUGAAGACUAUCUAAAUGUUCACAUGAAAAAUGAAUGCGGAAAAAAUCCACGACUAAAACGACAUGUGAGGGUUCAAACAGGAGAGAAACCUUUUCAAUGCAAACAUUGUGGUAAAACAUUUAGACAGCUUUCUAAAUUGAAUGAACAUGUUAGGAUACAUACUGGAGACAAACCUUACCAAUGUGAAAAUUGUGGUAAAAGAUUUACAGUGCUUGGUAACCUAAAACGUCAUGGUAUGAUACAUACAGGAGAGAAACCUUAUAAAUGUGAACAUUGUGGUAAAAUGUUUUUACAGAAUUAUGAUUUAAAUGAACACCUUAGGAUACAUACAGGAGAGAAACCUUAUCAAUGUCAACAUUGUGGUAAAACCUUUACACAGCUUGGUAGCUUAAAACGUCAUGGUAUGAUACACACAGGAGAGAAAUCUUAUAAAUGUGAACAUUGUGGUAAAACAUUUUCACAGAACUGUGAUUUGAAAAAACACCUUAGGAUACAUACAGGAGAGAAACCUUAUCAAUGUGAACAUUGUGGUAAAACAUUUUCACAGAAUUGUGAUUUGAAUAAACACCUUAGGAUACAUACAGGAGAGAAACCUUAUCAAUGUAAACACUGUGGUAAAACAUUUACACAGCUUUGUAACUUAAAAAGUCACGUAAUGAUACAUACUGGAGAGAAACCUUAUCAAUGUGAACAUUGUGGUAAAACAUUUAAUAAGUCUAAUAAUUUUAAAAGACACAUGAGGAUACACACAGAAAAACCUUAUCAGUGUGAACAUUUUGGUAAAACGUUUAAUAAGAAGAGUAACUUGAAACAACACGGUAAGAUCUAUGCUCGUAAGUAACAUUUAUGAUAUUAAUACUGUCGCAAGGGAUUUACAAAGGAUUGAUUGAGAGUAAGGCUGACAAGAAGGAGGCCUUGGCCCUUCUAAUCUUGUGAAGGACUGUCAUCAUGAAAAAAUGAUAUCCUUAGAGAAAUUAUGAUGGAGAUAAUCAGUGACGAAAUUAGCCUGAUCUUUUACUCCCACAAUUCAAAUGUUUCGAUGUCUUUACAAAAUUGGUUUAUUUUAUUGUCUUCCGGUGAUUGAACACAAAAAUAUUUACAUUGUAGCAGUGAAAAACGUGCUGGCUUUACUAUUGGGGGUCACGUUUUUCAUCCCACCAUGUAAUUUAAUAUUAUAUAAAUAACUAUUUUAUAUAAAUCCCUCACUACUUGUAAUUUACUACUGUC